GGAGAGAAUCGGCCCUCUGUGCGUGCAGAGGGGACCGCCACAUGGGUGCCUUCUCCUGUGUUCUGCUCAGCUUCCUCCCUUAUUCCUGCGCUGUCCCUAAGUCACCUCCAAGCCGUCCUUCAGCUCAAUGUGGGCUGGAAGGCUUUUGUUUCUGAUUUUGACCUCUCACCACGCAGGGCUGGUCACCCGGUACCUUCUUGCAGCAGGCUCUAGAGCUGACUCCUGCCCGACAGACACCUUCCAGUGUCUUACCAGUGGCUAUUGUGUGCCCCUUUCCUGGCGCUGUGAUGGGGACCAGGACUGCUCUGAUGGCAGUGACGAGGAAGACUGUAGGAUUGAGUCAUGUGCUCAGAAUGGGCAGUGCCAACCACAGUCUGCCCUUCCUUGCUCCUGUGACAACAUCAGUGGUUGCUCUGAUGUCUCUGACAAGAACCUCAACUGCAGCCGCCCACCCUGUCAGGAGAGUGAGCUGCAUUGCAUACUGGAUGAUGUCUGUAUUCCACACACGUGGCGCUGUGAUGGCCACCCAGACUGUCUUGACUCCAGUGAUGAGCUCAGCUGUGACACUGACACAGAAAUUGAUAAGAUAUUCCAGGAGGAGAAUGCCACAACUACAAGGAUUUCUACGACCAUGGAGAAUGAGACCUCUUUCAGGAAUGUAACAUUUACCUCUGCUGGGGACUCAUCCCGAAACCCAAGUGCCUAUGGGGUUAUUGCAGCUGCUGGGGUGUUGAGUGCCAUCCUGGUUUCGGCCACCCUUCUCAUAUUGCUACGCCUCCGAGGUCAGGGUUAUCUGCCCCCACCAGGGCUGUUGGUGGCUGUGAAGGAGUCGCUGCUGCUGUCAGAAAGGAAAACCUCUCUGAUCUGAGGACACAUGGUUACCACCUGGCCCUGAGUGCAGUCAGACUGGGACAAAGGAGCCGUGAAACACGCAAGGAGCUUCUGGCUUCUCAGCUUUGAGACCUGGGCUCUUUGGAGCACAGAGAACUUUGAUUUUUAAGCUUCUACAGAUAUGGUCCUAGAGACUGGGGUCCUCAGACACUCCCGCUGUAUGUGGUGAGCUUGGCUGGAAACUUGCCAUAGCCAGGACUGAGGGGCUGGCCCCAGGACGCUCUCAAGAAAUGGGGCUACUGUGGUUUAGACACUCCUGCUGCUCACAUUGAUGGGUGGCUAUUAAAGUUUCUUCACCCCUCUGUCUGCCUCUAGCCUGUUUCCCUUGGCCUGGGCAGCCUAUGGUCUCGGCUGGAUCUCCUUCUACCUUUUAAAAGGGAGUCUUCAGCCAAGAGGUCUGUGUCCUGGACAUUUCCUCCUAUACUCUACUUUUAUAAAGUGAGGACGAGUAUUGAGUCCACACUCAACAUUAACAGUGGGCUUAAUAGGAGAAGAGACCUGAAGUAAUGUUUCCUUAUUGGGCAUUCCUUUGUCAUGGCUUCUUCUGUGACAUGGAAGCUGGGCUAACCUGAUUUGAACUUGGCUAUCCCCUGUUUUUUCAGGGCUAUAAUCCCAGCAGUUGGGAAGGGGAGAUAGGAGAAUUAGAAGUAAUAGGCUUGAUGUACAUGCCUGUAAUUCUAGCACUGGGGAGGUUGAGGCCUGAAGAGCUGGAGUUCAAGGAAUGUCUGUGCUAUUCAGGGAGACCUUAUUUCCUUUCUUCCCCAGAUGCAGUUGGUUGAUGUUUUAUGAGACAGUUCUGUUCUAGGCUGACAGGUUGUUUACUGUCUAGCAAUGAGUUAGCCCCGGGAGGUAGGGAAGGGCUGUCCCCAUGUCAUAACUGAAGCCCAAGAUACCUGAACAUGGACAUACAGAAAACAAGAAAAUAUUGUUAAUACAACUUGACUUCUGAGUAACAAGGCCAGAGCUCUUCCCAGACUCUCAAAUUCCUAAGUAAAAUGGUGGGGACUGUUAGAAUGCCUCCAACAGGCAGAGGAGAGGCCUUCCUGGUAUCUCUAGCUCCUAGUAACCUCCAGGCCCAUGAUGAGUAUUGGAGCUCUGAGGCUGUACAAGUAAGAGGACCUGAAUUCAGAUCCCCAGUACCCUAUAGGAAGUUGGAUUUGCCUAUGAUCUUAUUACUGCGGGUGGGCAUGAGCACAGGAAGAUCCCGGGGACUUGCUGGGGAGAUAGUGUAGCCUGAGAGUUUAAGAUUCAGUGAGAAACCUUGUUUCAAAAAAUAAAGGGGAGGGACUGGGGAUAUGUCUCAGUGAUUAAAACACCUGUUGC